UCGUGGCUUGGAGUAACACGCAGAACCGUCAGAAUUGGGAAGACAUCGCUAAAUAGCCUGAUCAGCCGUUGAAUUCCACUUUCUACCGAAAUUAAUAACAAAAUAUAGUGAAAAUGUCGGAAAUUAUUGGAGACUCUUGCAACGCAGCUGGCGAUUCCUGUGAAAGAGAGGAAGUUCCACAAGAGUUGGAGUUGAAUACGGAAACCGCAGCUGCAGGGGAGCCUGGAAUAGCUCUAGCGGACAAGAAACCCGAAAUAGUGGAGAAAUCUGAGGCUGCGGCGAAUGAGUUGGUCGGGUUAUUCCAACAGAAAUUGCAAGAACGAACAAAGGAGCGUGAUGAGUACAAGAAGAAGUUGGAUGAAACCGAGGCUAAGCUAUCAGCCCUCGAAGCCUCGUACGACGCAGUGACAUCUAACAAAGACGAUGAGAUGUCCCUCCGUCGUCAGCUCGAGGACUUCAAGAAUAAGUUGAGUCAGGCUGAGCAGAAACUGGAGGGUCGCAGUCGCUUUAUCGCCAAUCAGGAAUGCCAGAUUAGUGCCCUGGGGAAGCAGGUGUCAUCGCUGAAGGAAGUAGUGGCCAUCACGAAGAAUCUUCUUGAAAUUCGUAACAUGGAAGUCAAACAUUUACAGGAGGACGUAGACAGCAUGGAAUCAAAAAUAUCAGCCGAGCGUUCCCGACACGACGAAAUGAUAAGUCGAAUGAACACAACCGCGAGACUGAACGCCGAUCUCAAAACUGAGUACGAGACUCAGCUUGGUCUUUUCCAGAAUCUCCGGAAAAAAUACGAGGAAAAAGUUUCUUUACUGACGAGUAAUGGUAGCCCGACUGAGACAACUGCGAACAACUCUUGUGGAAAAUAAAUAUUACUUUUGUACAAAUGUCGAAGAUGUUGUGGAGGCCAUUGAGUUUAUCAAUCUUGAAUAAAUAUCAACAAUUUUCUUAUCAA